AUGAGCCAGAACGCUGACCUCAGCAAGAGAGAUGUGCAGAUAUCGAAGGCUUUGAGCUAUCUGCUCAGACAUGGUGCCCUAAAGGAGAAGCUUCCAAUCGACACGGACGGCUACGUGCCCGUUGCAGUUCUUCUGGCCCACAACCGGCUGAAGUGCCACAAAUGCACCCUGGAGGACAUCCAUAGGAUAGUCGAGAACAAUGAUAAGAAGCGGUUCCACAUAGUGCAAGGGCCCCUUUCGGACGGCCAACCGCAGGAGCUUAUAUGUGCUACCCAGGGCCAUUCAAUUGCUGAAAUAAACCCUAGCGAAGAUGUGCUGCACGAGAUUACGGACGCAGCAGACUUGCCGGCGACCCUGAUACAUGGGACUAGUAUAACCAAGUUGCUGCUCAUUUUACAGUCGGGUUCCAUCAAGAGACGUGGCAGAAACCAUGUCCACUUGUCGCCCGGAGUCUCCGGUCGCGAUUCUCAGGUUGUCAGCGGAAUGAGGAACUCCAGCAAUGCGCAUAUCCAUCUGAAGCGUGGCCAGCAACUGCUUGACCAACUACAGCUGUUCAGGUCGCUGAACAACGUCUAUUUAACUCCCAACGACAUACCAGCGUCGCUCUUCGAGAAAGUCGUCAUUCGACCUCCAAAAAACGCAGCAAAAGCUGCCGAUGACCUCCACAGGGUUAGAGAUCUCCUGGCAAACCUCCACAUACCAAUGGAGGUCUCUAGCGGUCCGCAAUAA